UAUUGAGAAGAAUGAUGAGAUUGAGGAGCAGAAGAGGAGGGAGGAGGAGGAACGUAUAGCGACGGAGACUGAGGGGCUGUUGAGUGGGGAGAUGGUGUAGGCUUGGGAUGGGAGCUUGUGGUUUGGAAAGGUGCGGAUUGCGAAUUACGAUAUCUGGCCAUCAUCCUCGCCGACAGACUUCCAGAGGGGGGCAGAUGAGCGCACGUUGUUGCAAUCAGCAGGGAAGCAGCCGACCGUCGAUAGAUCAUCGAAACACUACCAAGGAAGGCGGAAAGGAGACAAAACGGCGAAUUGAAGGAUCUGCCACAUCCCCUCCGGAACGAGCAAUACAUACAGGUACCAAUCCACCCCCUUCCAAAGGCCAAUCCCACCGACCAUCAACCUCUCUCAUCACCAAAAUUACCACACCAGUCCAAUCCGCUCUAUAUACCACGGACUCCCAAUCCAUUCUUCCCAUCUCAGCACCUGAAUUUUCCAGCGUCUUUGAUAUUUUAGUUUUUAUCAAUCAGGAAUGAAGGAUGGAUGAUGGAUAGGAGUCAUCUUUUGUUAUUGUUAUGUAUGUAAUGUAGUAUGUAUGUAAAUAUCUAGUCAUCAGUUAAUGGUUCGGAUCUUAUCCAUCUUAUUUAUAUCCCUUGUUUAAGGUAUUUGGAAGACCGC